AUGUCUGCAGAUAUUCACGUUGUGAAUCGCGUCAAAUUUUUAACAGGAAAAUUCUGUAAAGCGGUUUUUGAAGACUAUGAAUUGCUUAAUUGGAUAUCAAUGCAAAUCGACGUCCAUAAUGAAGCCGAAGCCCGACACUUGGCCACUCUAUUAGUGUACUAUGGAUAUGUACUUCCGGUUCAUGAUCGUUUUUUGCCAGUCCAGAGGAACGGAGAGUUUUAUAGAUUCCAAAUACCGAAAUUCUAUCCGUCCAUUUCCUACGAAAUAAGGGACGAAGAAUACGCUGUACAUUUAAACGUUAGAGUUAUGAGUUCUUCAAAGUUGGCCCGUUACGAGAAGGAAAAUCUAGCGAAACUCAAAGAGAAGUUCUCCGAUCACUGGGAUGAGAUUCUUAGAUGCGCUAAAUACCGAAGCACAACGUUUCAAGAAAUGGAUGACACAGAUAGUGAACUGUUUCAAUUUCGAGAAAGAGCUUUUUGGAACGUUCACCGACCGAAGCCGGGCACUUUUCACUCUACGGAAAAAGAUUACAGGAAAUUAAAAGCGUAUACACCUCAGAACUCAACAGAGACUGAUGAAACAAACGAUGACACGACAAGAGAGGAUGUUAGUGAGCCGUUAAAUCUGGACCGCCGUAACAUAAGUCAAUCGCAUCCCGGAAACAAUCAUACUCCAUACUGCGUACAAUAUGCUGCUUACGAUCCGUUUGUCACACAUCCUAUAUCUUAUAAUUAUUGGUUGGUAAAGAAAAUUGGAAUUUGGAAAACCAACAACGACCAACUAGCGUUGAGCAGCUGCAGAACAAAACUAUGGGCGUUCAGUUUGAGAGAUAUACUGUCAGAUCCAGUCGGCAAAGAUAAUUUCAAAAUGUUUUUGGAAAAAGAGUUCAGCUAUGAAAAUCUCAAGUAA